UCUUCAUCUUUAUUCCAAACCCCAUUUUCCACUUUGUCUCAAGCCAUCAAGCUUGCCUAGCUAUUUGUAUUUUGCAUCAUGGUUUUGCAAGUUCUUCUCUUGGUUUUGCUUGUAUCCAACUCUCUUGCAUUUGUGAGCCGUGUUAAUGAAGAAGGAUUAGCACUGAUUUCAUUCAAGGAAUCGUUAACUGAGUAUGCUGAAGGCUCUUUGAAUAACUGGAACUCGUCAGACCAAAGCCCAUGUUCAUGGGAUGGAGUCACAUGCAAGCAAGAAAAAGUUGUAUCCCUCAGCCUUCCAUACACAAACCUUGCUGGGAUUUUGCCUCCUGCUCUUGGGAACCUCUCUGCUCUCCGCCGUCUAAAUCUCAGGAACAACAGGCUCUUCGGAAGACUGCCUUCAGAGUUGUUCAAUGCAAAGGAGCUCCAGAGUGUGGUAUUAUCAGGAAACUCAUUAUCUGGGUCUGUUCCGGAUGAGAUACAGAUGCUGACUUACCUACAAACUCUAGAUCUCUCACAAAAUUCUUUCAAUAACUCGAUACCAUUAUCUAUAGUUGGGUGCAGGAGACUGAAGAGUCUUGUCCUUGCUGGAAACCAUUUUUCUGGUUCCCUCCCAGAUGGCAUCACAAGUUUGGUAAGUCUUCAAAAGCUCAACAUUUCCUUCAACAGGUUCAGUGGUUCCAUCCCCAAGGGCAUUAGCAACUUGUCGAAUUUGAGAGCAACUCUCGACAUGUCUCACAACUUGUUUAAUGGUGCUAUCCCAGCAAGCCUAGGAAACCUUCCUAAGAGAGUUUAUAUUGAUCUCAGUUACAACAAUCUAAGUGGACCAAUUCCACAGGUUGGCUCUCUAAUCAAUCAAGGACCAACAGCUUUUGUAGGCAAUAUUUUUCUCUGUGGACCGUCGAUACAGAUCUCAUGUCAUUCAAGCACUCCGGACUCAAAUUUUCAAUUCAUGUUGUAUAAUCCGCCUCAUAAUUCAGGUUGGAGAAGCAACUCUAGUACAUGUGCUGUGGUCUUUGUCAUCGCAGGUAUCAUUCUUGGUAUUUGUCUUUCUGCCCAAUUGCUCUCCAAAUGGUAUAAGAAGAUCUGUUCUUGUAAAGUCAGUCAACAUUUUGAACAGACACUCAUGCCCACGAAGGACUUGCUAUGCUUUUCAAGACAUGGUUCGGAGUCUCCGGAGCAUUACCAAUUUGUUCAAUUGGACAUGCAUGUCAAUUUAGAUCUUGACAAACUGCUGAAAGCCUCUGCAUUCCUUCUGGGUAAGAGUAAAGUUGGGAUUGUUUAUAAAGUUGUUCUAAAAGAUGGACGAACCUUAGCAGUGAGAAGUCUUGGAGAUGAAGCUUCGCAAAUGUUCAAGGAAUUUCAAACAGAAAUUGAAGCAAUUGGAAAGAUGAGGCAUCCAAAUAUCACCACUCUUCUGGCAUAUUAUUGGUCAAUUGACGAGAAGCUGCUUAUAUAUGAAUACAUUCCGAACGGUGACCUUUCUACUGCAAUUCAUGGAAAACCAGGCAUGAUAUCCUUCAAACCUCUUUCUUGGCCUAUACGUCUUAGAAUCAUGAUAGGCAUGGCAAAAGGUUUGGCUUAUAUUCAUGAGCAUAGUCCUAGAAAAUAUGUCCAUGGAGAUUUGAGGCCUAGAAAUGUACUUCUUGGACCAAAGAUGGAUCCCCAUAUCUCCAAUUUCAGACUAGGCCGCCUCGCCAAAGUAACUGAAGAAUCUGAAUCCUUUCAAUUUGAACAACUCACAGCUAACACAUCAUCGCUUCAGAAAUCUCCAUAUUUGCAGAGGGCUGCAAGCUCGAUAGCUGCAGCAGAGCCUUGCUACAAAGCUCCUGAAGCCACCAAAGUUGCCAAAUCUUCCCAGAAAGGCGAUGUGUUCUCAUUUGGGGUGAUAAUGAUGGAAAUGAUUUCUGCCAAAAAGCCAUAUAUCAGAGCUGGUUCUCUAGAAAUUGAUUUAGUUGAAUGGUUUAAGACCAGCACAGAGGAACCAAAGGUCGUGUUUGAUGUAUUAGACCAGCUGUUAGCUCCAGAUGUGGACAUGGAAGAGGAAAUUGUUGCAGUAAUGAAGAUUGCUCUUGCUUGUGUUGCUAAGGCCCCUGAAAGAAGGCCCUCAAUGAGGUGUGUCUGUGAUAACUUGGCCAGAUUGGCCUAAUUAACUAUUUACAUGGAUGAUUAAAAAACACUUUCGUACAUGUACCGGUAAGAGCUAUGCAAUGUAAUCCAGGCGAUCAUUUCAUACCCA